AUGGCCGCCACCGCACACGCUCCAACUCCUGCUCCUACGAUCCACGUCAUCGCUACUUCCGCUCUCGUUCGCUUGACUCUCGUCGACGCAACCAUCGUGAUAACAUUCGAGCUCGCGAUGACCGUCGAGGACGCCGUCAGCACGGGAGAUCGAAGCUCGAGUCCUGAGCGUCAUCAUCGCCAUCGCCGCAAGAACAGCGCAGCUCAGGCCCCGACUGCUACCGUGGCCAUCGCCGCCGCCGUUACCAUUGCUGCAUGGAGAGUCGUAGUUCGACUCUUGAUGAUCAUUGCUCUUAUUGCGGCCGCAGUUAUAGCAAGUCGCCUUGGAGAGACACCAGUAGCAAAAGCCCUCGCCAGCAUCUCCAUAAUUCCCCCAGCCGCUAUCCUGAGCGUCGCCUUACCCAGGACGCCCUCCACCCUGCCAAACAGCAACCCAAAGUUGGAAGCCUACCGUUUAAACGCAUCCAAAUUAACAAGGCCGUCUCUCUCAUGA